GAAUUUUCUUCUCCAUWAUCUGCCGUGCUAAGGUCGUUUCUCACAGUCUCGUACUCUCGUGUGUCGAUAGUUAUAAACUUAUAAAUUAUUUUCGACUUUUUGACUUUCAGUGAGCUACGAUUAGCAGUUAGCAGCGUUAGCACACUUAUCGUGUUGGACAAAAGAAAAUAACUUAAAUCAUCGCCACCAUGUCAAGAGUAAUAUUAGCGCAAUUGAAGAAAUCCAACUCCGUGUUGAGAACGUCCGUGCGUUCCAAAGCUGAUGGUCACCAUGCCACUUAUAAACCCCUGACGAUGGAUGACAUGCCAGUCCCAAAGGUGCCAUGGAAGGAAUACCACGGCAAAACUAAUACCAAAUACAACCUAGUAUUAGUUGGUGGAAUCGCUGCUCUUGCGACAUCCAUCUACGUUUUACAGGACAACUGUUUCUUCAAUGCUUUUGCACCACCAUACCCUUUCGAAGAAACUGAACAGAAGUAAAUAUGAGUAUAUAUUUUUUUAUCAUUUGUUUCCGUGUAGUAAUUAAUAUU